AUGAGCGAUGACGCGAGGAAACUUGAGGAUGAGCUUUACAAGUACGUCUUGAAAGUGGUUCUCUUGGAAUACUCGAAUGAAGUACGAUUUAGAACACCCAUCAUAUCGGCAGCAAGUCAAAGGAAUCUAGCAGCUACACUUCCGAAAAGAAACUCUUUAUUGGAAUCAAAACUACCCAGCUAUGUUAUGAAAAAUUUAAAGAUAAAAUUGCAAGAUAUUAUGACUAAAAAGAUAAAUAUCGCGGAUGAUAAGUUGCGAAGAACCUUGUUGCGACUCUAUGGCGAUCUACUUGAUUCAAAAAGCGAGAAUGAGUUGAGAAACAUUGAUUUUUUAGUGCCCAAGUUUGCAGCAUAUGCCAACCAGGAGUUAAGGAAAUUGGGGCUACUGAAGGAUGAUGAUGUGAGCAAAGGUGUCUUUCAGCAGACAUCGGAGUUUAUCGACAUUAUUAUCAAUAUUUUAAAAACCAAAAAGGAUCCAGAUGCAAAUGUACUUGCUAAACUUAAUGAGUGCAAAAAUGAGUUCCAUGGCCGUCGAGCGAAACUUGAAAGGCCCGAGGAGUUAAAAUACCCUUCCAAGCCAUAUCGAGUAGACGAUAUGAAUGAAAGACUCUUACAAAUUGUGCAAACUUUGUUCAACGUUAACAAUACAAAAAUUCAAACCGACGUAUUCAAAUAUAAGGACAUUGCACUAACACAUUGUCUCUAUAAUGAUGUCGAUAGAUUAUGCAGUAUGCGUCAACAUGAUGAUAGUAAUGAUGUAAGCAACUAUAGUGACGGUGACGAUGACGAUAACAGUGAAUACGAUUAUUUGAAUGAGGACGCUUUAGCAGCAUGGAGAAAGCGGUGUGGUAUUCUCAAGUCGCAAGUUCAAAACAGGUACAAGAUUGUCAAAUCAACAAAUACCAGCUUACCAGCAAUGCCGUCAAAUGAAAAAUAUUAUGUGGUUCCUAUAAAUAGGCGACAGUUAUUUAUUGAACUAACACGAUUGGUAAUGAGCAAGGAAUAUGAUCAGGAUGGAAUAGAAAAGAAGAACAGUAGCAAAAACAACAACAACAACAACAACAACAAUGAUAACAACAACAACAAUAACAACAAUAACAACAACAAUGACGAGACAAGGCGGGGAAUUUUGGAUCCAUCCUAUCAAGAUUUUUUGAAUAUUGUAGCACGCGUUUGGCUUAUAGAUUAUCCAACUAGAGCUGUAGCAUUGUACUAUGCUGGACAUGUAAACAACGUGUUCACACUAGUCGACACAGAUCCAUCUAAAGGAUUAAAAAAUACGCAAGGCAUUGAUUUGGAAACAAGCACGAGUGCCAUGGAAGAGUGCCAGAAUAUAAUCAAGGAUGGUGAUAUGAAUUGGAAUGAAAAGAGAUUAUGGAACAUUGAGGACCAAAAAUUAUGGACAGAAUGCUUGCUUCUUUCAUAUAACAUUCUAUUCACGUCCCUCAAAGGAUGUCUCCUGAACCUCUUUGAUGAGACUCGAUCAAUCAAAUUUAACCCAUAUUUGCAAUUUCUUGGCGAAUAUAUCGAGUCUGAUAUUUUAUUCAGCACCAAAGACACAAAGGAAUUGACUUUGAAAUGGGAGAAACGACUAACAAAAACUUUGAUAAAAGCGUCUGGAAAACGAUAUGAAACUUAUUUGAGAAAACUACCCCGAGAUGAUAACCUAAAUGUAUUGCAUCUUUUGAAUAUCUGCGAUGCCAUCACGAGUGAUAUCAAGAAACUACAAAAGAAGUAUAAGAACCCUUUUUUGGGAUUCUUGCAUAUUGGAAGAACGGUGGCCUCAGUCACUACUGGUAUGUUUGCCAAUGAUGCAAAGGUGAUUUUCGAUCACAUUGAAAAACUCGCGGCAAAGCACAAUGAGCGGAUUCUGACAGCAGAUGCUCUAGAAAUUUAUCAGCUGCUACGAGAAAUACGCGAUAUUUUCAACCAAGUGAUUGAAAAGAACGCAAAAUUUGCAUUCCCUCUAGAAAGGACUUUUUACAAAUACCUUGACGCCUGGGUUGAGGAAUCAAAUGAAAAGUUGUUGUCUAUUGUUCAGGAGGCACUAAAUAAAGACGAUUACGAGCCUAUUGAAGUUGAAAAUAAUGGCAAUGAUGGCAUCAACAAUAGCAACUGGAAAAAUAGUAGAGCUGUGCUUGAUAUUGUUACAAUUAUAAAACAGUUUAUCACCCUAUUGAAGAAGCAAAAUUGGGGCGAUGAAGUACAGCUUGCCGAAGUGUAUACGAAGUUAUUGAGGAACAUUUCAAAUUGUGCAAUGCUUUACGCCGCCAAGAUUUCUUCUAAGGUUAACGAAGAGCUUUUAUCGACAAAUACCAAAAGUGACACGGACGAAUUGCAAUCACAACAACGAGAAAAGAAAUUGAACUGGCUCGAUGAAGUCAAGAAUGUUGUUAGCAAUAUUCAAAACUUUGCAAAAUCGCCACCUGAAGUUGUAUUUAAUUUUGAACCACAAACAUGUGUGGCUUUGAAUAAUGUUUCAGCAAUGAUGCAGAACUUGGCAAGGUUGGAGGAGCUGAUCGAUCCAGAGAGAAUAUCACAAACAUUAUUAAAACACAAUAGGAAAAUGGACGGUGGAUCGCUUCAUCAUGUUUUCACUAUAAGAAUAGUUAAGGGAGAAAAUCUACUUCUCUCGAAGGAUACUGGUUUUGGUAAAUUGAAUCCAUACGUCUCGCUUGUUGAUGUUGGUAAAAAAGUGGCUAUUGCGCGAACCCGUGCUAUUAAGAGAACUUCGGACCCAGAUUGGGACGAAGAGUUUGAGAUCUCGACACCAGUAAAUACAACACUCGAGCUAUCGGCAAUUGUAUGGAGCGAUUCUUUUGGUCAGCAUCAGAUGUGUGGCAAAUCUCUUUUCGAGCUAGAUCCAAAAAAAUUUAAGCACAAUGGUUUUCCGGAAGAAAUAACAUUGAAUUUGGACUUACUGGGAAGAUUAGUGUUGGAAGUUUCAGUAGAAACGGAAACUAUGGAUGCCAUGUUUGUUAUGGGACGGAGCUAUAGAUCGCUUAAGCGAGUUGAAAUGCGAUCAGCAAAAUUGAUGGUGGAGAAGUUUUCGGGCUUCAUUGAAAACUGUUUCUCCAGAGCAAACUUGAAAGCAGUGUGCGGCAAAGGACAACCUGCUAUAUCUGAAUUCGAGGCUUCAAUUGAAAACUUGUGUGACUACUUAAAUCUAAACUUAAGUGUGUUAAAACAAUACCUUUGCGACGACAUUUUUAUGGAAGUCAUGAUUGCAACGUGGAAAGUGGUUAUCAAGUAUGCUGAUCAACUUAUGUUGCCUAAAUUGUCCAAAGCGAAAGCAGAUGUUGUUGACUCUAAUAGUUGGCAAUCCAUGUCGACCAAACUCGCGCUGGUUUCAUUGACAACAAUGAAUAUGUUUGGAAUCAAUAGUCCGCUUUCUGCGAUAGAAGUGGAAACUGUUUUGCGUUGGCUCGAUUUGCUUAUGGAAUUCUUUCAUAAUGAAGGCAAUGGACCACCAUUGGAGGAAUUAAAGACUGACGAAUACCAAGCUCUUUUGCUCAUCCCUGCAUUCCAUGAUCAAAAUGACGAAGUUUUAAUUGACGAAGUGGAAAGGUUGUCACCCGCUUAUAUGCAAAUGCUUGUUAGUCGUAAUGCUGUGAGUUUAACCACCAAGGAGUCGGAUGGUUUUUUGAAAAGGGCCGGAAGUCUUUCGCGAAGCAAAACCAUAUAUGCUAAUUCAACUGCCAAAAACAGAGCUCAAGCAGCAAAAGACACUUUGGAAGCAAAAGCAGAUCCUCAUGCAAGUAUGAUCUUAAAAGAAGAUAUCAUAUUACGAGUUCUACUAGCACGCGGCAGAAAAGAUUUUGUGCGUACACGUUUAAAUCAGAGAACCAAAAUUGCAUACAGUUUAGCCACGGAGCGAAUGGCAAGAUUGGCCGCUGAAGGAAGUCGCCAUUAUUGA